UUAAACAACAGAUAUAAAACAGUCUGACAAAAAUCACACAUAGUCCUCUAAUGCCCUCUGUUCUCUGUGCUGUUGGUCUGUGCAAAGCGUGUAAUGUAAAGUGUGAAAUUGUUUAGGGCUGCCCCCUUUACACUGCACUAUAAAGACAGCCCACUUUCUUGUCAUAUGCUCUCACUUUCAUAUGCCCUCUCUUCAUCCGUGCUUUUGCCACUAGAGAACUCGGACAAAAUGUCGGACAUCUACACCAAAGAUGUGAGGACUCUUGGCCAGUGCAUCUGCAUCAUUACAGGAGCCUCUAAAGGGUUUGGACGGGCGCUGGCACACGAAGUGGUCCAGUGGCUGAAGCCUGGUUCCAUCCUUCUGCUGGCAGCUCGCUCUGGGACUCUGCUGGAGGAGCUGAAAGACGAGCUGCAGGGAUCCACCGAGGAAAAGAAAGUGCUCAUCCACUGCAUCACAGCUGACGUGAGCACAGAAAAAGGGGUGAAUGAAAUAGUCAGGGUGGCGAAGCUGGAGGCUGCAAAUGAUCUGGAGCAUGUGCUCCUGAUCAACAAUGCUGCCACUUUGGGAGACCUUUCCCCCUUUGCUAGCUUCACUGACCCCGACGAGGUGAAUUCCUACAUGUUCCUCAACGUCGGCUCGGCCCUGGUGCUGACCGCUGGGAUCCUGAAGGUAUUUCCACGCAGGCCGGACCUCCGUUGGAGCGUGGUGAAUGUGUCAUCAGUGUUUGCGGUGGAGGCCUUGCCGUCCUGGGUGUUGUACUGCACCGCCAAAGCAGCCAGGAAGAUGAUGUUCGGGGUGCUGGCUGAGGAGGAACCGAACGUCAAAGUCCUCAGCUACUCUCCGGGUAGUCUAGAUACAGAGAUGCAGCAGGAUAUUAAGAGGAUGACCGGGGUCUGUCACCAUCUAAUGCCCUGUCACGUGUCUGCGGCCAAACUGCUGAAGUUGCUUCUGGACAACGAGUUCCCCUCGGGGGCACACAUCGACUUCUUUGAAGUGUGAGGUGUUGAAGAACAAUAUUAAAAAAUGUGCUUUAGCGUAGUCUUUAUUGAUACACCGUUGUACGGCGAGCUUACGGACACAGAGUUGGAAAUGUACUACAAUUAUACGAACAAAUGGAUUUAUAUGUACAUUUCAAGGCCUUGUAGAGUCUCAGCUGAAAGAAAAGGCCAUGAGACUCCAGGUCUGGCGUGUAGGUGCAAGAACAAAGGAGUAAAACUUCACGGGGCAGACAGCUCAGGCAUUACUAAAUUACCUUACGUACUAAAAUCACAUGAGGAUGUGGCCCUCUGGACAACAACAGUUGUCAGUGCAACAGUGCAAUAAACCAUGUGUAUUCUUCAUUUAAGACUCAAAGAAUGAUGAGUCUAUUCUUCAACAUCUGCUUCAGACUGUUCUAUGUGUAUUCUUUGCUCAAGUCAUGUUGGAGGAAAUACUCAUCGAAAAUGUUAAUGACCCAACACAUUAAUGAAAUUAAAGAAAAAGUAAAAACUGCACUGAACGCUAGUUUUAUUCAUCAGAACUGUCCCUAUUUGUUUUACUCACUUUAUGCUGAGGUGCUGAAAAUAAUGUCACUCUGUCGUGUUUGCAACUGCUGUCUGUACCUCUUGUAA